AUGGAGACCAACAACAUCGACAUGGCGGCGUUCUUCGAUUUCAGCGAUGCAUCACUGCCUGAUCUGUCCGAGCCUAUACCAGACUUUGUCGUCCCAGAGUCAUUGAUCCCUCCCGCCAGUGGCACUUGCCCUUCGCAUCCGGGCAUCCAUGACUGCCUAUGCCAUGGCUUUAUGAUCAACCCACACAUAUCAGAUCCCACGCUUGGCAACCACAAAGAUGUAGAAUUUAACAAUGACUUCUCGAGCUGGAUUCCUCGGUACUCAAAGCCGGAGCAGGCCUGCAAUUAUUGCCGGUCGAGACAACUGGAGUGCUUCAAGACUUUCGAAGGCCAGAAGUCAUGCUCACCUUGCAACGCACUCUUCCGCUCAUGCAGCUUUGACGAGGUGCAACAGCCAGAGAAGCGGCAGAGGGGUCUUCUGGACACGCUAGACAACGUGCCUGAGAACGAAUGCAGAGAGCUUGGCGGACUGACGGGCAUCAAGUCGCUAAGAUCACUUGGUCACACUUUGGGCAAUGUCGAUGGUGACUGGGCAUCCAGGAAGAGUGGAGUCCGCUUCACCCUUCCCCAGCUUAAAGCUCUUAAGAACUGGAUGGACGAGCACCGAGACAACCCGUAUCCAACCGAGGAAGAGAAGGAGGAACUCAGGAACAGGACUGGUCUAAAGGCAGUGCAAAUCUCCAACUGGCUCGCAAACGCACGACGCAGGAACAAGUCGAAACGAAAUAGCAGAUGCGCAUCGCCAUCUCUUGGCCCUUCAACUCCGACAUUCAAUGCAACCAGCACCGCCAUUGACGUACCCAGAGACCUCCGCGUUGGCCCUUCUGGCAAGUGCUGGGAAGUCAUGAAUCCGCUCGAACGUUGGCAACAUUCUCCGCCAGAAAACGAACCGGCACCUUUAACUGCCAUCGUGAGCGCCGUUCAUCAGUACAGCCCCCCGGAAAGCACGCAAAAUCGGCAUAAUCACGACUCCGAGAGUUCUGGGUGUUUCUCCAAUGCCGCUUCCCUAUUCAUGGCGCCCUCUACAACCAGCUUAGAGGAGAGGCAGUCCAGUCACUCGACCGGUUCGUUUGGCUCCUUCGGCUCCGCAUGGUCGCAUGGAUCUCGGGGCUCAUUCAAUUCAUUCGGCUCGUUUGGUAGCAGCCAGAGGGAACGACGAAGGCGCCGCCGGAGGCCCGCCGCCCGACCGGUGCAGAAAACUCCACAGGAUGCAUCACGCAUAUUCCAAUGUACUUUUUGCACAGACACUUUCAAGAGCAAGUACGACUGGUCCCGCCACGAGAAGUCCUUACAUCUCAGCCUGGAGAAGUGGAUAUGUGCGCCUCUCGGGGAUGUCAUUACGUGUGUUGAGACUGGCCGCAAGAAGUGUGUCUUCUGCAAUGCGCUCGACCCCAGCCCAGAACAUCUGCAAAACCACAACCAUGAUGCAUGCGAAGAGAAAGGGCUGGAUGCUCGAACGUUUUACCGCAAGGACCACCUUCGACAGCACCUUCGACUCAUGCACGGGUGCAAGAUGACUGACUCCAUGGAUUCCUGGAAGGCGGAAGUGACGACCGUCGACAGUCGUUGUGGCUUCUGCGGACAAAGGUUCACCAAGUGGCAAGAUCGUAACGACCACCUCGCAAAGGAAUUCCGCAACGGGGCUAAGAUGAAGGACUGGAAAGGGUGCCGUGGCCUUAGCGCGGAGGUGCAUGCGCUUGUAACUUCUGCGAUGCCGCCUUACUUAAUCGGUGAAGAAAGUACUUCGGUCGAUCCGUUCAGUGCUUCCAACCCUGCCUCAAAUCCGGCGUCCAUGGGCAACCAACACCAGCUGCUGGGUAUGUCAGCCACGCAUGAAGACUGUCCCGUGGACUCCGGCCAGGGAUCCUCCAUCACCUCGCCGACUAGUGCUGGACUGCAACCAGCUGACAUUUUGGCCAUGCCGAACCGGCCCAACCAGACAGUAGCUACGUGCUGGGAGAUACUCACCAUCCGGCUUGGCCGCUUCGCUCAAGAGCAGCUGAUCAAAGGCGCCCCUGUUUCCGAUGACAUGCUACAGCGAGAAGCGCGCCUAAUCCUCUACGACAACGAUGACAGCUGGAAUCAAACCGCGGCGGACAACCCUGAGUGGCUUACCCUGUUCAAGAAGGCACAUGGCUUGGACAACUCGCAGAACGUUGACAUGCGGGACGUGCUUGAAGAUCUCGGCGUGCUGGGAGACUUCGAUCUUGACGAGCUGUACGGCGCUGGCAAGAAAUGGUCGGCCACCAAAGAGACAAUACCGGAGCAGGCGUGCUUUGUGAACGGCGGGGAAUGCCUACCGUUCCUGACCAACCAGGCUGGCGGUCUUGCAGCAUGGGGUCCUGGCGCUGUUGAAAAUGAGCCUGUGUCAGUUUCCAUGAUAGAUACACCACUCAUCACCUCGGGCGGAAGCAGCUCAGCGUUGCACACUGAUUUGAUGGAUGUGGGCCACUUUGACGCGAUGGAUUGCAUAACCGACACAGGGUUUCUUACUACGUAUAUGCAUUUCUAG